AUGAUAUCGUCAUUUUCAACUGCACUGUUUGUCGGCUGGCGCUCCGGAUUUGAUGGCGGUGAUGAACAGAAUUUCCAGUUGGAAUACCGCAAAGUGAAUUCGUUAAAGGGAAUUCCUGAUUCAGCGGAACCAACAGCGGUCUAUAUUGAUGCCCGCAAUGCAUCAUACCUUACUUUAUAUGGUGACGAUGACUUAACUUUAAAAUCAAGUCGCGCUCUUCCUUUCGUCACUUAUAUAAUUUACAAUAUCAGCUACUUGAAUCCACUGAGUACGUAUUGGUUUCGUGUUCGAGCUAGGAAUGUAUUGGGCAGCAGUGACUGGACUCCAGUUACUACAGCAAUGACCUCGGAUGUUCAAGAGAGCGCAGCAUUACCUCGGCCACUGGCUCUUUACUAUAAUGUCGCUCUCCAAAAAAUAGAUUUUGAGGUAAAAUUUUCAGAGUGA